UGUGUUAUCAUGUUUGAUUUAUGUGCAGGGCUGUAUAAUUUAGAUAAUAUUUUCCUAUGUAAAGAAAAAGAUUUCUCUAAAUGAAAAAAAUACAAUUAAUUUUGUAAGUAGUGAAUUUUGAAGGGCUUACCUACCAGUCUUUCACUAGAUCAUUCAACUUUGGUUUUUAACAAAACGCUAUUUCAAUAUGGAUCAAUUCAAAUUAAUAUAUUAAAGGUUAUGUGGGAACUAAACCCUUUUCAAUAUUUAUUUACAAAAUUUAAGAUAAUUUCGUUAAAAACCAAAUAUUUCCAGUAUUUAUUACACACCAAACUUAUCCAAACACUUUCUUUAAAUACACUAGAGUAGAUCUAUUAUGCUGAAACGACAAGCUAGACUCAAAAAGCAUUUUUAACCUUUUGUAGCAAAAAUGAUAUCACUUUGAUUGGACUUCACUUUAUAAUUGAAUCUCCACUAUCAUUUGGUUAUCGUUCAUUUCUUCAACCUUCAAAUUAUUUGCUACCAUUAUUCAAUUAGCAUUCCCAUCAAGAAAUAUACUAAUUAUAUUCUAAAUAUAAAAUGAUGUAUUAGAUCGAUUACGUUAGAGUGUGAUAGAUAUGUAUAAUGGAUAAGGUUAAAAGAAAAAUAUAUAAUCUUUAUAUCUGAACGGCUGAGAUUGAUCAAAACGUGAUGAGGUUUGUUGAGCGACACACUCUCGUCAUAAAGACGAACUUAUGAAUGAAAUGACCGUCUUUCUCGAUUCAACAUGAUGUUAAAUGUACUACUAUAAUGUACUUACUACAUACAAUUAUAACUGAUGAAGAGGCGUUUCUAUAAUAGCCACUGAGAAUUUGAAAGAUAGAUAACUUUUUUUCAAAGGUGAAAGAUACAUAACAAACAUACCCAAUACAUUAUCCUAAUUUGUUGUGUCAACUAUAUACUAGUAUAUGAUUAUUUUUCUUGUUAGUUAUAAUCAAAUUAACCAAGAAAUACAAAGGAGAGCAAAAAGAUCAUGACAAUACGCAUAGGUAGAGAAAGAUAGCGAUGUGUUCAAUUUAUUAUGCUUUUAAUUGAAUAUUUAUUUAUUUUGGCAUCAACGCUAUGAACGAUUCGCAAGCUAGAAACAACUAAUUCAGAAUCGAGUUACAGCAAGAUGACAAAAGGAAUAAAUUUCGUAGAUUUCUGGAUUAGAUAAAAAGAAUAAAUUUCCUUUUGAAAAAAAAAAUAAAAUAAAUCUCGUAGAUUUUUGGAUUUAUGUUUUAAAGCGAUACGUCGUGGCCGGUAAGGCACAUCAAAUAUGUUGACUUUGACCUGUGAAGCCUCCGACUUUCAGAGAGGCUUAACUAAAGAAUAAAACUCCGAAUGGUACAUGCGGUUUGAGCGAUACGGGACAAGCGGUUUAAUUGCAGUGCGGUUUUAACAGUUAUAAAAAUAUAUAUAUAUAUAUGAUAUAUGUAGAGAUUUUUGUUACUGUUAACUGCGGUGCAGGGCAGAACGGUUCGUAACAUUUGAAGCCUAAAAUUAAAGAAAAUCAUGUUUUGAUAUACUAAAGCUUCGAAUGGUGACCAUCGUUCCGCUCCGCCCCGCAGUUAACAUUAACAAAAUUUCUACAUGUACUAUAUAUCUAUACAUUUUUAUAACUGUUAAAACCGCACCACAGUUGAACCGCUUGUCCCGCACCGCUCAAACCGUAGUCACCAUUCGAAACCUAAAACGAAGAUCAUAGGAAAUUGCAAAUAUUUUGGCAGUUUUAUAAAUAUUUUUUUUUGUCGACGGAAGUUUUAUAAAAAAAAAAUUAAAAUGUUGACUGCCAGAUUAUUUUGCUCAUUUGUCAAAUGACUAUUUGGAAUAAUUAGCUUGAUUUAAUCAAUCUUUUUAAUUCUAUAUUGUAAAUAUACUUGUUAAUUAACCGUGUUAUAAAGAAUACUGUAUAGAGGUUAGUGUAAGGAAUUACAUAGAAAACAAAGCAAAUUCAUUGGAAGAUAAAAGCAAUUCAAAAUAUCAUUCUGUUUAAAACUGUUUUAAAUCAAAGUUGGCAUGAAAAAAUGGAAACCAACCCAAAAGCAAAAGUCCACCGAGCCGAUAGUGUACCGAACAGUCGGGCUGGACAAGUUAAUUUGAUUUGAUUUGUUAUUUGUUUCGAUUCGAUCCGAAAAAUUUGGAUAUCUAUAAAAUUUCAAAACAAAACAAAUACUAAAAAUCAAUAUUCCUUAAAAUAAAAAAAAUCACAAAUACUCAAAUUUUAAGAAGUGGAUAUCCGCUCUGAUGUAUAAAUACAUGUAUAUUUUGAUUAAAUUUAGAGUUUUAAAUGUAUAAAUUUAUAAAAUUAUUAUUUAACAAAUAUUUUAAUAAAUUAUAUUCAUAUUAUUACUUAUAAAAGUAUUAAAUCAAAAAACAUUAUAUGACAAUCAUAACUUUUUCUUAAGUUUUGUCUUAUUAUUGUUAAUUAAGUUUAAAAUUUAUAAAACAUAUACUUUCACUACUUCUUUUAAUAUUUAUUUUAUAUAUUAUGUAUAAGAAAUAUUUUAAAGAAUAAAUUUAGAUCAAAUUUUCUAGAUUAUUUGUAUUAAGUAAAAACAGAUUUGAUAUCCGUAAGUAUUCAUAAAUAUCUUUAAAUAUCUAUAUAUUUUUUGGAUAUUCGUAUUUUUUUCGAACCAAAGCAAGUAAGAAAAUUAUAAAUACCGAAAAUUUGGUAGUAUUUUCUUUGUGCCCAGCCUAACCGAACAGGUUGAAUGAUUGCUGUUGACUAUUUUAAAUACGGAAAACAUAUGUAUAAUUGCAUGUUGAAGUGUGAGCGAGACCUAGUCACCUAACUACCUAAGACUAUGAGAGGCUUCAACAUACGGCAAGAGAAUAUAAUAAGGCCAAUUUGGUUAUAUUUUUUUAUCAAUCGACUAAUUUUUUUUUUUUUUUUUUAACAGGAGGUUCAAAGGUGACCCGUAAUCCGCACGUGGUUUCCGUUUGCCCAAAGGCCCGUAAUCCGCACAUGGUUUCCGAUUGCCAACCAUCUAAUCCCCCUGGCCCGGAACCAGCCGGCACUAAUACCCAUUACCCAAGGACUCAGCACCAACGCCGCGAUAACUUUAAACUUGGGGAGGGCAUAAAGCAUUCCGUGGCCACAGGGGGUAUUCGAAUCCGGGUCCGUAUUGGUGUGUUAACUACCUCAAGACCACUAGCCCACCACCCUGUUAACUAUCGACUAAUCUAACUCAGCGUACACACGAACACGCACAAAUAUAUAAGAUGGUUAGAUCAUAAUAAUAAUAAUACCGUGACCGUGUUUUCUUAUAAAGAAAAUAAAAUCGCAAGUAUUCAGAUCGAACAUAAUCUUAACCGCUUUGUCGAAUUUUUAUUUAUAAAUACACUUGGGUGGAAACAGUGGAAUAUACAUACAUGCGCGGGGAAGGGUGGUCCUGAACAUAGGCUACAUAGCGAACUGAAGCAUUCCACUAGGAUCUCCAAAUUUUGAAAAACAAAACACCGAGAAAGACCUUCGAAAUGAUAAAAAAAAUUGUUAAAACUUUACUAAAAUGUUUAUGGUUCCCCCAGCAUUUCAGGGAAGCGAGCAUGGGCAACAUUGUGUUUUAUAUUUCGAUAGCAAAUUAACAAUGAUAUUUAAUAUCAUGUACUCUCUCCGUACCUAAAUAUAAGACGUUUUAGGUAAAACACGGUUAUUAAAAAAUUUAUUUUUAUCUAAAAUAUAUUAUUAAAACUUUAAAUUAAAAACAAUUGAAUCAAUUACAAAAUAAAACUAUUAAAUUUGAUUGGUUGCAUAAUUUUUAACAAAGUUAAAGUUAUCACGAACUAUGAAAAUAUCUUACAUAUUGGAACAUAAAAAUUUCUUCUAAACAUCCUAUAUUUAGGAACAUAGGAAGUAUGAUUUCUAAUAAGAGAAAAUUACUAGAAUGUUACACAUUUUAUGGUUUAUUACUAGAAUGUUGUACAUCUUUGUUUUAUUACUAGAAUGUUUUCUCUUUCCUAGUAAUUUACAAUAAGGGGCUUUUGUUAUGUUUUAUUUUCUGAAACUAAUUUUAAAGAUCAAAGCCACAUCAGUUAUUAAAAAUCCACAUCACAUCAGUUAUUUUCUGAAACCAAACCGUCUCUAUCACUAUCACUAUCAUACAUACGGUUUUGUCAAAAAAAAAAAACACGAAGAACUGUGUUGUGUCGAAGAAGGAACCGCAAACCGAAAUCCUCUCACCCUUCGAAACCCUCGUCGACAUUGUUCUUUACUUCCUCGAACUCUCUCUAACUCUCUGUCGUUGAACUCUCUAUAACUCUCUGUCGUUGAACUCUGUCUCGUCGGAGUUUUUAGAAACCGUCGUCUGUACGAAAUCGCCUUCACCGCAUUCUCAUCAACGAGUUCAUCUUUUCCGGUAAGAUGUCGCGACGUUAUAUAUUGUAUUUUGGUUGAGUUUGUGGGUCAGUUAUAUAUUGCGACUGAGAUUGUUUGUGUUUUGGUUGAGGCUGUAAUAUGGGUGUGUCGAGGUUUUUGUUGCGACUGAGUUAGGGUUAUGUUGACUGUGCUAUGGGUUUGUCGAGGAUUUUGUUGUGUCUGAGUUAGGGUUAUGUUGCGGCUGAGAUAUGUGAUUGUCUAGGCUUUUGUUGUGUCUGAAUUAGGGCUUUUUGUUGUGGCUGAGUUAUGGUUAUGUUAUAACUGAGUAAUUAUUAUGUUAUGGCUGAGUUAUGGUUAUGUUAUAACUGAGUAAUUAUUAUGUUAUGGUUGAGUUAUGGUUAUGUUAUAACUGAGUAAUUAUUAUGUUAUGGCUGAGUUAUAUAUAUGACCUAAUAUAUUUUAAUAUUAUGAUAUGGCUGUGUUAUUUUUAUGUUGUGGCUGAUUUAUUGUUGUGUUAUAUGAUCAGACGGAUGUUAGUCAAGUCGAACCACGUGAUUACCCUCCAAGACUUUACCCUUCUAACCUAGAAGGUAAAGAUAUCAAUCAUAAUUUCCGUGCAGGACAUUUCCCCCACAUUAAAGAAACAAUAGGACUCGAUGUGUGGGAAGAACUGGUGAACUCUCCCAUUGGACUAGUUGCUAGGCUACUUUCACGCGAAAGCAUUUGGUCUGGUAGGACCGUACACUAUCUGCUAUGUAGACAGCUGCGAGUGCAUAAAAAGGAGAUAUGGUUUGUUGUGGUUGAUGAUGUUAUCAGGUUUAGCUUGCUCGAGUUUUGUGAGAUCACUGGGUUAAACACAGGUCCAUUGCCAACAGAAAGUUUUGAACCUGAUCAAUACAAAGAGUUUUGGGAGGAGUUGAAGGUGCCGCUUGGGAUGGGACCCAAGUAUGAUGAGCUGAAGGCAGCAUUAGAGUUCUGUCCUGGUUGGAGUUUUGAAAAGCGUAAGUGGUUGGGGAUGUUAUUUCUUCAAGCCAUGGGACUGUACUGUUUGCAUCACAAUUCAAGGAUACCCUUUCAAAGUGCAAUAAGGGUAUUCGACGAUGAAGCCAUGAGGUCGUAUCCAUGGGGUCGGACUGCAUACGAAGUUCUUGUUGACUCUCUGAAAACACUGUCUCCAGAUGGAAAGUCAUACACAGUAAGCGGCAUGAAGGACGUUUUAUUGGUUUGGGCGUAUGAGUCCAUCGUCUGUUUCGGUGAGAAGUUUGGGAGAGUGGUCAACAAUGAAGACGUUCCUCUUUUGCGAUGGGGUGGAAGGCGUACACGUUCAAGUUUUGAUACUGUCUUGUCUGACGAAAUCAAAGAUCAUGGCGAGGUCCGUUUGAGGAGAAUGGUUAUGAAGGAGUCAAUUGAAGAGAUGUUUCCUGUAUGGUCGGAUGAACCUGACGACCCACAACUCGUUAGGUUGGUAGAAGACAUACACGCAGGUAGAUACGUGAAAGGUUUCUGGGAAGUACAGAGGGAUGAGCAGGGGAAGGGGAAUGAGAAGAAGAAAAAAGAAAACGAAGGGAGUUUCAUCAGAAGCUGAGCCAUCAACAAAGAAGCAGAAGAAAGAAGCUGCUGAAACGAGAAAGGGUUCUAGCGAGGAGGAAGCUGUAUUGGACAAAGCGACUCUGACGAAUCUUGUGAGUGCUCUGCAGAAUAUUUCAGCAAAAUUUGACGCUUACGAUUUUGACCGGAACCGGCCAGUGAUGGACGAGAAGACCCUAGAUAACGUGGUGAAAGCUGUAGUGCAGCAGAGUCUGAAAGUUUUGGGGGAAAGGAAAAUUCCCGACAACGAUGCUAAACUCUCCUCCGCCGGCGUAGAAAAAUCUUUAUCGGUGACAUCAUCACCUCGUAGGAGGUCGCCACCGGAAAAGUCGGACAAAAGUCCAGUGGUAGAACCGCAGGCCCAGGAGGAGAAGUCUGUAAAAACUCCAGUGACAGAACCGCGGCAGCAGAAAAAGCCUGUCAAAAGUCCAGAGCCGCCGCAGCAGAAAGAGAAGGCUGUCAAAAGUCCGGUGCCGCCGCAGCGGAAGGAGAAGGCUGUCAAAAGUCCGGUGCCGGCGCAGCAGAAACAGCAGAAGUCAGUCAAAAGUCCAGCGUUAGCUGAGACCCCUGCAAAGAAGAAUUCGGAGCUUGAGAAGGAUACAGUGGUGAGAAGGAUUUUGGGUGAUGAUUUUAAUGAAAUUGAUUUCAUCAGUGUUUCUCCUGCAAAGAUUACU